UCAAUACCCGCAGCCUGCCCGUCUCACAAGCUAGCGCGAGCCACAGCAUCACCGCGUCACUCACCGUCACCGUCGACCUCGAGCUGCGGGUCUAGCUUCUCGACGCCGCAAACCGGCAUCUGCAAGCCCAAGCCUGGCCAUCUCCGCCACGGACUGAUCUCACCUCGAGCCACACACCAGCCGCGCGAGCCGCGCAUUGCUCUGUCAAACCGGUCCUCAUGUCCGCCAAUGCGAAGGCCUUGAAAGCGCUGGGAGAGGAUGCGUGGAAGAAUCGGGCAGACAAAGUGAACGCAGAGCUCUUCGCCCUCACCUACGGAUCUCUCGUCGCCCAGCUGCUCAAGGACUAUGAGGACGUCGCUGCGGUCAACCGGCAGCUCGACCUCAUGGGCUACAACAUCGGCACCCGCCUGAUCGAGGACUUUCUGGCCCGGAGCGGCGUGCCGCGCUGCAAUGGAUUUCUCGAGACGGCUGAGGUCAUCGCCAAGGUGGGCUUCAAGCUGUUCCUCAACAUCGUUCCCAACGUGGUCACGGUGUCGGCCCCGGCUGCAGGAGCGUCCGGCGCAGGCUCGGGCACGGCUGUGCAUGAGGUUGCGUUGAUACUGGAGGACAAUCCGCUGGCUCUCUUCGUCGAGCUGCCCGAGGACGAGCUCGACGACCCAGGCAGGAGCGGGGGGAUGCGGGAUCUGUGGUGGAGCAACGUCUUGUGCGGCGUGCUGCGCGGGGCGCUCGAGAUGGUCCAGAUGCAGACGCAGGUCUACUUUGUGUCUGACACGGUGCGCGGCGACGAGACCACCGAGCUGCGCAUCAAGCUUGUGCGCUACCUCGAGGAGCAGGCCCCUCUCGACGAUGACUAGUGGCACGCAAUGCCGACCCUAUUACGCAAAUGUGUCUGAUCGCCGCAAAGGGAGCGCGCUACCGCACAGCGCCUUCACCGCCGUCGCCCGCGCAUUGAGGCUGUACCCCUUGGACAUGCGGCUCUUGCCACACGUGACGAGCCCGCAUGCACCUUCAGCAUCGAGUGAGCAGGCCGGCGCUAGGAGCGGGGCGGGAAAGGCGCAAGCGCAGAGCAAGCACACAGUUGCUGCCGGG